CCACCUCCGUCUAAUUUUUUUUUGUCCUAAUCAGUCAUCGCCUUGUCGCCGAGCUCACGAGGGUUCCCUCUCCGAGCCGUCCCUCACCGCUGCUCGCCUCAUCUAAUCUCGCCAAUCCGCCCGAUUCCGCCAUGGCUUCCGACCAGAGCAAAAAUUCAAAACCAGAGAAGUCAUCUUCAGCAGCUGAUGCAGGCCUUCCCAAUCCCUUUGAUUUUUCUUCUAUGAGCAGCUUGUUGAAUGAUCCAUCUAUAAAAGAGAUGGCAGAGCAAAUUGCUAGUGACCCUGUGUUCAACCAGAUGGCUGAACAGCUUCAGAAAAGUGCUCAGGGUGCCGGAGAACAGGGUAUUCCUGCAUUGGAUCCUCAACAGUACAUGGAAACAAUGCAACAAGUCAUGCAGAAUCCUCAGUUUGUGUCAAUGGCAGAGCGUCUUGGGAAUGCUCUUAUGCAGGAUCCUGCUAUGUCCAGUAUGCUUGAGAAUUUGGCUAGUCCAGCUCAUAAGGAGCAGCUUGAAGAGCGAAUGACUCGUAUCAAGGAAGAUCCAUCCUUGAAGCCGAUUCUUGAUGAGAUAGAGAAUGGUGGUCCAUCUGCAAUGGUGAAGUACUGGAAUGACCCUGAGGUUCUUCAAAAGAUUGGCCAGGCAAUGGGAGUUAGUAUUCCAGGAGAUUCUAUUGCUUCCACUGAACUCUCUGGGCCUGAAGAAGCUGAGGAAGACGGGUACGACGAUGAGUCCAUUGUUCAUCACACUGCAAGUGUUGGUGAUGCGGAGGGUCUGAAGAAAGCUUUGGACGGUGGGGCUGACAAGGAUGAAGAGGAUGCUGAGGGAAGAAGGGCCUUACAUUUUGCAUGUGGUUAUGGUGAGCUGAAGUGUGCAGAAGUCCUUCUGGAGGUGGGGGCUGCAGUCGACGCACUGGAUAAGAACAAGAACACUCCAUUGCAUUAUGCUGCUGGAUAUGGGCGGAAGGAAUGUGUGGAUCUUCUAUUAAAGCACGGCGCUGCUGUCACGCUCCAAAAUCUGGAUGGGAAGACCCCCAUCGAGGUCGCCAGGCUCAACAAUCAAGAUGAGGUCGUCAAGCUGCUGGAGAAGGACGCUUUCCUAUAAAAACCAGUGGUCAGGUCCCGUGCGCAUUUUCAUGGUCAUGCUGCGACUCAGUAUUUAAUCUAUCAUGUGUAAGAAGUGCCGUUUCUGAACAUGUGGCCGGGUCAUCUUGUUCUCCAUAUGGAGCUCACAAUUAUCACAGGUGUUGCCAUGAAUCAGUAUUGCAAACUCCUCUUGUGGAUUUUUCA